CAGAAAAUAAGAUUAUUUUUCAAGGAAACAGUUCUGUUUUUAUUGUUUUUUAAGUUUUUGUUAAAGAGUAAAGAAAGGCGGGUUGGUGGCUUGCUUCAAUGGAACAAAAAAUGCCUCAUCGAAUCCUCAAGAUUCUAAACAAUAAUAGAGUGGAAAAAUCUAUCAGCAAGACUCAAAGUGAAGCAAAUGUGAGUGUGUAAUGCUGAAAUUUGGUGGUGCUGCUGAUCUUUCAUCUGGUGAUUCGUGCGACAGUCUCAGUGAAGUCUUCUACGGGUCAGCAUCGGAUAGUGUUGGUCGCAGCAGCACUGGUAGCAUCCCUUGGGCUGAAGACGCCAUUAAGCAAAAUCAAGAAGAAUGGGAACGUAUAGAGAGAAUGUUCUAUGGAGAAGAAGAUCUACCGACAGACGCCAAAACUCGUCAGGAAUUUCUCGAGUGGAUGACGGCUUUUCCCCAUUUGCGCAUCUCUGGGGCCCAAAUGCCAAUCUAUUACGACCCGGAGAGACUCCCAGAAGCUGAUGGGGACUUUGAAGAGGUGCUGUGCAUUGAUCCACCGCCACAGAGACGGAGAAAAUCGUACUUUUCGUCAGAGACGCGAAGUGGACAUGUGGCGCGUAAGCAACAUCUUUCUGGGAAUUUUCCAUCCACUUCGGCAACGCUUCAGGGGCUUCAAGUGUCUCCGGGUACACGGGGGAUGCGCAAUGGCAGUGUGACUUACCGGGAGAGCCAAAGAGGGGCACACAGGAGUCGCCCCAAAUCUCCGGAUAGAACAGUGAAUCUUUCAACGAGGCUCCAAAGGUUGGAUAUUCAAAAAUUGGAGCCUGUUGUGAGGCCACCGCGUCGUGAGACUCUGCUGCAGAGCAGAUCUUCGAAUUCCCUGCUGCCGGGAAAGGUGAUUCGGACCACAGAAAUGCCAGUGUAUCAUGUGACGCAUCGUUUGGAGCCAAUGCCACCAAUUCUCAAUCUCAGGCUCAUCUACAGGGAGACUCAGCGUGAGGAUCAUCAGCCUCCCCGGAGCAAGGGGACGAGCAUCCUGCCAGCUAUUGAUGGGCAGCAUUUGGCACCACAGGAAUUGGCCAUGAGAUCCAUUUCUGCCAUCAAUCGACGCCAAAUGUGCCAGAAUCCCUUUUCCUCCGGACACAUUCAGAGUGCCUCGAGAUUCAAGAGUAACUCUCCCAUCGACUAGCUUUUGGCAUUCCGGAAGAGAUUUCCAGUCGCCGUGGGAUGCUGUUUAAGGUCAGAUCUCCUUUUUCUCUCCCUUUAAAAUUAUUUUCCCUAAUUUAAAUUUUCUCUCUGAAAAAAAAAGGAAUGGCUUCUACAAACCAUUUAACUUGCCCCCAUAUUUUCUAAUCAGCAAUUAUUUAAGAAAAAAAAACAUCUUCAAGUUAUUAAAUAUUAUUAAUUAAAAAAAAAUGCCCCAGAAGAAAGAAGUGUAAAAAAAUGAAGCAAACUGAAAGGCUAUUAAUUUUGAAAUUUGAUACCACAGAUAAUUCAAGUGAAAAUAUUAUUUGUUGGAAACAGUGACACUCGAAAAUGGUUGAAAGACGUGAACUAAGGGGCAAGAUUCGUGAUAUUUUUUUUGGCCAUCUGUUUAUGUUGAAUAGUUUGUCGCUUAUUUGGACUUUGAAGGGACAUUCUUUCAUUUUUCAAAUGGUUGACUUGGGAUUUAUGCUUACAGAUUUAUUAUUCCUAGAAUUCAAUCCCACUGAAAAUGUGUUUUUUUUUGUAGAAAGGCAGUGAAAGCUAUUUUUUCUAAGUGACUAUAUGAAUCUCUUCCAAGGUCAUAUAUUCUAAUAGCCUAGACCCUUUUUCUCGAGGUCAAAAAGUAAAAAAAAAAGUUAUAAAAUUGCAAUUUUGAUGUGUAAUAUUUUAUGCAUUUUUUCUUACCUGAAAUGUCUUUAAAAAAAAACAACUUACAUGUUACAGAGGGUUUAUCAGGGUUGAUUUAACCCUGAAAAUCUUUUGUUCAAAGGGCGCCGUUUUUGUAGGUAGAGGAAAAUAUACAAAAAUUACCACUUUGGCAGCUCGGGAAAAUUGAACUUUGCAGCUUUGCACAAAAAAAUAUUGUCAAAAUUAUUGACCAAAACUUUGAGAAUUUCUCUUUUUUUUUUUUUUUGUGUGCACCCUGCUCUGGAACAUUUAACCCAUUCAGAGAUUUCAUUGAAUAUAUUCACAAGAAAAUUGAUAUAUUAUCCAUUUUUCACGAAAA